GUUGCUAUUCCAAAAAUAAUACUGAGUUCAUGAUAUGAUGCUACUUUGAUAAUAUGAUUUACAACAUAUACAUAGCCAAACGAUUAGAGUUUAUUUCAUCAUUUCAACACAGAUAUCCAUUUAUUAUUUGAUCAACAUUUGAAUCAUGGUCAUCAAAGGAUUUUUAGUGUGUCUUCUUAUAUUCUGCUGUUGCUGCUGCAUGACGGUGAUGCGUCAGGAGCUAGGCCAGCCAUGUACCAGAGAAGACCCUAAAUGUGCAGACAAUGUACCAGGGAGCAUGUGCCACAAUGAACUAUGCAAGUGCAAUGAUACAUACUUUGAGGAGGAUGCAAUUUGUCUCUUAAAACCUGAAAAGCCUGACUUCUACCAACAUAACAGAGGCUCAACCUUUAUCCACAUUCGGAGGUAUGUGUUCCGUAAUCAAAUUCCUGCAAACACGACACUCAUACAAUGGAGGGCUGUUAACAAAGAGCAUGAUCCAAAGACUGGUCAUGAAGAGAUAGCAUGGACAAGGGAACGGUAUACACUCAGAAAUCUCACUGCUGGAGUUCUGUAUGAGAUAAAGAUGCAGAGUAAAACAGGCCGUCGCUUAAGCAAUUCAACAGCAAAAAGACUCAGUACAAUUCCAGCAGAUCCUGUGCCAGUUCUUACUCAUGCAAGCUCAAGUUCUUUGACAAUUGCUUGGGACCAAGCUGGUGUUGCAACAGAAGGCUAUAGGGUUAAUGUUAACCUACCAGCUACAAUAACACGACAAGCAAAUGGAACAACAAUCCACCUGACUGGCUUGUUACCAAAUACAACCUAUACAGUUGGACUACAAGCAUUUUCAAAUGGAUUGGACAGCAGGUUGACAUCUACCAACUUUACAACUUUGCCGUUUGUUCAUCUCACACCUAGCAGUGACCCUAUGCCUACCCCAGUGAUAGUGUUGUUUUGUGUUCUAAUAUUGCUGAUUCUUGGAGUCUUAGGCUACUGUGUGUUCUCAAUGCGUAAAGAGAAGACCAAGGCUGAACCAGUUGGAGAAACAAACCAAGGAAGUACAAUGGAGAAACUAUAAUCUACAAAUCUUCGACUCAGAAAAAUCAGAAAUCAAGCACCUACAUUGUGUCUCCACAUAUAAAGGACUAAGAGACAAAACAAAUAGAAAUGAAAAUGACAAUAUGAGCUAAGGAGAUGAAACUAUUUACAACACAUCAACUUGCAAGAUGAGCAAGCUUUAAAAGUAUAUACUUUGAAUAAGCUGAUAAACCUGAACACUAUGAUUGUUAAUUUAAUUUAUAUUUGUCCCAACAAAGUGUAAUGUUAUAGGUAAAUAUGUAAAGGACGAUUUUCGAUUUGGAGACCCCAAUUCAUCUGCAUACUUCAACAUUAUCAAC